UGAAUUGGGUGAACAUCUAAUUCAAUUCAAUUGAGAAGCAGCAAAGUCAGUCCAUCAAUGGUGGACAAAGCUUCUUCUUCGUCUUCCUUGUUUUUGUGGUCCAAAUCGGCUUGGGUCAAAGCCCAAACAACUUGUGAUCACCUGGCUUCUUUGUCUUCUGAUCUCACCCAUUUUUUUACCUUAGACACUCCCUGCAACAGGUGCCACCAACCCGAUGAUAAUUGGUUAUGUUUAUGCUGUAAGGAUGUUCUUUGCAGCCGUUACGUGAACAAGCAUAUGCUCGAUCAAUUUCAGCAGAGCAAACAUUGUGUGGCACUAGGCUACAGUGAUCUGUCAGUUUGGUGUCACUUGUGUAAUGCAUAUUUAGAUGCUCAAGUGAUUUUGCCACUGCAUCCUGUUUAUGAAACUGUUUACAGACUGAAAUUUGGUGAAGCACGUGAAGCCCCACCAUCUCAGGCAAUUGAAUAUUUGCAGAUAGAGGAUAAGAAAGCUGAGGUCUCAACUUCAGGCAGUUAAGUUCAUCUAAUGAAAACUUUAGGCAAUUAAGUUAUUAUCUGCCCUUUGUGCCUACAUCUGUAUUUCCAUUUGAAGUUUGAGGUUG